UUGCCUUCCGGGGCAGAUUGUCUGUCUUUGCAGCAGCUGUAGGGAGGGGAGGCCAUUUUCCGUUUCUAGGAAGAGUGAGGGCGAGAGGAGAGAGAAAAGAAGGGGAAAGAAAGGGCUCAGCGCCUCCCCGCCGGGCCGUGGACAAGAGGGACAGUUUCGGCAGGCGGGUGAGGUCGCUGACGGCCUGGAGAAGAUGUUUUCCCUGUCGAACACCGUUCAGCCCCAGGUUACAGUUCCUCUGAGUCAUCUCAUCAAUGCCUUCCAUUCACCGAAAAACACAUCUGUUUCUGUCAGUGCAUCAGUUUCUCAAAACCAGCAUCGGGAUGUAGUGUCUGAGCAUGAGGCUCCCAGCAGUGAGCCUAUACUUAACUUAAGGGACCUUGGAUUAUCUGAAUUAAAAAUUGGACAAAUUGAUCAACUGGUAGACAGUCUACUUCCUGGAAUUUGUAAGGACAAAAACGUUUCUUCCCAUUGGCAUACAUCUCAUGUAUCUGCACAGUCCUUCUUUGAAAAUAAAUAUGGUUGCUUAGAUAUAUUUAGUACUUUACGUUCCUCUUGCUUGUACAGACAACAUUCAAGAACUCUUAAAAGAAUUUGUUCAGAUCUUCAGUACUGGCCAGUUUUCAUACAGUCUCGGGGUUUUAAAACUUUAAAAUCAAGGACACGACGUCUACAGUCCACUUCUGAAAGAUUAGCAGAAACACAACAUACAGCACCAUCAUUUGUGAAGGGGUUUCUUUUGCGGGACAGAGGAUCAGACAUUGAGAGUUUGGACAAACUCAUGAAAACCAAAAACAUACCUGAAGCUCACCAAGAUGCAUUUAAAACUGGUUUUGCAGAGGGUUUUCUGAAAGCUCAAGCACUGACACAAAAAACCAAUGAUUCUCUAAGAAGAACUCGCCUGAUUGUCUUUAUUCUGCUGGUAGUUGGCAUUUAUGGACUCUUAAAAAACCCAUUUUUAUCUGUCCGCUUCCGGACAACAACAGGGCUUGAUUCUGCCGUAGAUCCUGUGCAGAUGAAAAAUGUUACCUUUGAACAUGUUAAAGGAGUGGAGGAAGCUAAACAAGAAUUACAAGAAGUUGUUGAAUUCUUGAAAAAUCCACAAAAAUUUACUGUUCUUGGAGGUAAACUUCCAAAAGGAAUUCUUUUAGUUGGACCGCCAGGGACAGGAAAGACACUUCUUGCCCGAGCUGUGGCUGGAGAAGCUGAUGUUCCUUUUUAUUAUGCUUCUGGAUCAGAAUUUGAUGAGAUGUUUGUGGGUGUGGGAGCCAGCCGUAUAAGAAAUCUUUUUAGGGAAGCAAAAGCAAAUGCCCCGUGUGUUAUAUUUAUUGAUGAAUUAGAUUCUGUUGGUGGGAAGCGAAUUGAAUCUCCAAUGCAUCCAUAUUCACGGCAGACCAUAAAUCAACUUCUUGCUGAAAUGGAUGGUUUUAAACCCAACGAAGGAGUUAUCAUCAUAGGAGCCACGAACUUCCCAGAGGCAUUAGAUAACGCCUUAAUACGUCCUGGUCGUUUUGACAUGCAGGUUACAGUUCCCAGGCCAGAUGUAAAAGGUCGAACAGAAAUCUUGAAGUGGUAUCUCAAUAAAAUAAAGUUUGAUCAGUCUGUUGAUCCAGAAAUCAUAGCUCGAGGUACUGUUGGCUUUUCUGGAGCAGAGUUGGAGAAUCUUGUGAACCAAGCUGCUUUAAAGGCAGCUGUUGAUGGAAAAGAAAUGGUUACGAUGAAGGAACUAGAGUUUUCCAAAGAUAAAAUCCUAAUGGGGCCUGAGCGUAGAAGUGUGGAAAUUGAUAACAAAAACAAAACGAUCACAGCGUAUCAUGAAUCUGGUCAUGCUAUUAUUGCAUACUACACUAAAGAUGCUAUGCCUAUCAACAAAGCUACAAUCAUGCCACGAGGGCCAACACUUGGACAUGUGUCCCUGUUGCCUGAGAAUGAUCGAUGGAACGAAACUAGAGCUCAGCUUCUUGCUCAGAUGGAUGUCAGUAUGGGAGGAAGAGUGGCAGAGGAACUUAUAUUUGGAGCUGAUCAUAUUACAACAGGUGCUUCCAGUGAUUUUGAUAAUGCAACCAAAAUAGCAAAGCAGAUGGUCACCAAAUUUGGAAUGAGUGAAAAGCUUGGAGUUAUGACCUACAGUGAUACAGGGAAACUGAGUCCAGAAACUCAAUCUGCUAUUGAACAGGAAAUCAGAAUCCUUCUGAGGGAUUCGUAUGAGCGAGCAAAACAUAUCUUGAAGACUCAUGCAAAAGAGCACAAGAAUCUAGCAGAAGCUUUAUUGACCUAUGAGACUUUGGAUGCCAAAGAGAUUCAGAUUGUUCUUGAGGGGAAGAAAUUGGAUGUGAGAUGAUAGCUCUUGAUGCAUUGUUGGUUUUAUUGCAAGACCAUAAGUAGCACUGCAGUAGUAUUUUGCAACACUUUUCUCCCAUUCUUGGUAUCACUCAAGGGUGUGAAACACUUUGUCAGUCUUUUGUCACAUUUAUCUAAUUUUGAUUAUUCUCAUGAUGGACACCUACUGCAAAUAGCAAUUUAUUAAAGAAAAUAAAGAACUAUCAGGAUUGAAAACAGCUUGUUUGAGAAAUGUCAAUCAGUUAUUAAAUUGAAAAUAAGUAAUGAUUUUAUGGUUGGUUACAGUGCUAGAUGUGAAUAGAAAUUGUGCCUUUAGCUCUUGGGAAGUAUUUUUACUUAGGAAAAUAAAAUUCUUGAAGGAUUGUCUUUAUUUCUAGAUAGUACCACUUAUCUUUGAUAAAGAAAUGAUGCUAUUUGGCUAUUGGUAAAUCAUAUUUCUACAUACAUCAGGGGAAACUUCAUUAAGAUGCACUUAAUUAUGAUCUAGAUUGACCAUAUAUAAAGUGUUUUUUUAAAAAUCUAAGAGUAGAGAAAUGUGAACCUACAGAUACAAUUGGAAUUUAAAUGAUUAUUAUAAGCUUUUUAAAAUGCAGCUUGCAUUUUCAUGGUCUUUUUUUUUUUUAACAUUACUCUCACUCUGAAAAUGAAGUUUAUUUCAGAGCAGCAGUAUUUUGUUAAAUAAACAAGUAACACACCUCAAAUUAUGAAUAACUAUGUAAUUAUGCUUUGCAUUAAAACCAAAAUAAAACCAAAAACCCAGUCCCGUUCAGAGUGAACUUUUGAAUUAUGCUGUGUUAGAAAUGGAAAGUUGUGUUUAUUUUUCAGUCAGAUUUUGUGAAUAUGAAUGUGUUACAGAAUUUACAGAUGACUUUAUUUAACUCAGUAGAAAAAUUAUUUUAGAGCACAUUGUAUUGGUUUUACAACCAUAUUAUAUUCUUGAAGUGAUUUUAUUAAAAUUACCUACAGUUUUCUAGUAACUUUUAAGCUGUAUAUGGUCUUCGUUGAGGUUGGUAGAGGGAGCUUGCUACAUGAUAUUCUUGCCCUUUUAUUUGGGUAAUUUAAAAUUUUGAUGUACUUUCAAACUUAGAGAAACAUUACCAGAAUAAUACAAGGAAUUCCCAUAUACCCUUGAUUCAGAUAUACCAGUUAUUUUCAUUUGCCCAUUCUUUAUUGCCCCUGCUUCCUUUCUCCCUUUCUCCUCUCUUCCCUCCCUCCCUCCUUCCCUCCGCUUCUCUCUGUGUUUAUAUAUAUAUGAGUAUACAUGUCUUUGCGUGGACACACGUUUUCAUUUGUCUUGGUAGACUUCUAGAAAUUGCUGUGUGAUGUGGCGAGUUUCUGUUUAACUUUUUAAGAACCUGAUGAACUGUUUUGAAAGUAACUAUAUAAUUUUAUGUUCCAACUACCAGUGUAUGAAGGUUCCCGUUUCUCCAUAUGUUGUACAGUGUUUCUUAUAGUCUUGUCUUUUUGACAGAGCCAAUCUAGUGGGUAUGAAGUAGAAUCUCAUUGUGGAUUUAAUUUUACAUUUCCCUAGGACUAGUGAUUUUGAACAUCCUCUGCUAGGCUUUUGGUCAUUUGUAUAUCGUCUUUGGAGAAAUGUCUGUUGAAAUCCUCCCUUCCCUCUUUGGGUUGUUGUCUUCUGUGUUGUAAGAGAUCAUAUAUUCUAAAGACAAGUCCUUGAUCAUAUGGAUCUUGUUUUUUUUUUAAUCCAGUCUGAAACUCUCUGUUGUUUGAGUAGGAUGUUUAGUUCAUUCAUAUUUAAUAUUUAUGUAGUUUAUGUAUUUAUGUAGUUGCUUUUACAUCUGCCAUUUGCAUUUGUUUUCUGUUUUUCUCAUAUCUAAAGAGAUCCUUGUGUUCCUCUUCUUUUUUUUUGGCUGCACAGCAUGGCUUGUGGGAUCUUAGUUCCCCAACAGGAAUUGAACCCGGGCCCUUGGCAGUGAGAGAACGGAGUCCUAACCACUGGACUAACAGGAAAUUCCCUGUUCCUCCUAUUGUGAGUUAUGUCUUAGCAGUUGCUCUAGGGAUGACAGUAUGCAUUUAUCACUCUUAAUCACAGGCUCCUUCAAACUAAUACACGUUUAAUUCUGUCAAAAUGUAGCAAAUUUGUUCCAGUAUAUCUCCUUUUCUUUCCUUUGUGCUAUUGUUGUCAUGUUACAUCUGUACGUGUUACAACAACUUAAUACAGUGAUUAACUACUGGUUUAUAUAAUCUUAAAUCCUCUGUCUUUAUCUGGGGAUGUCUUUAUUUUGCCUUUGUUUUUUAAGAAUAUUUUUGCUGGAUAUAGAAUACAUGAUUAACAGUUUAUUCUUUUCUUUUUUUUUCGCGGUACAUGGGCCUCUCACUGUUGUGGCCUCUCCUGUUGCGGAGCACAGGCUCCGGACGCGCAGGCUCAGUAGCCAUGGCUCACAGGCCUAGCCACUCCGCAGCAUGUGGGAUCUUCCUGGACCGGGGCACGAACCUGUGUCCCCUGCAUCGGCAGGCAGACUCUCAACCACUGCACCACCAGGGAAGUCCAACAGUUUAUUCUUUAAUCACUUUGAAUGUGUCGUCCCACAGCCUCUGACUUCCAUUAUUUUUGGUGAAAAGACAGCUGUUAAUGGUAAUUUUGGUCUCCUUUUCCGAUAGGUUGUUUUUCACUUGCUGCUUUCAAGAAUUUUUUCUUAGCCUUGUCUUUUAACAGUUUGACUAUGAUGUUUAUAAAUGUGGACAUCCUUGAGUUUUUCCUACUUGGGAUUCGUUGAACUUCUUGGAUCUGUAGAUUAAUGUUUUUCAUCAGAUUUGAGACGUUUUUGGCAAUUAUUUCUUCAAAUAUAUUUAUUUGCCCUUUCUCUCUUCUUCUGGGAUUCUCCUUUCACAUAUGUUGAUCUGGUUUCUGAGGCUUUGUUCAUUUUUUUCAUUGCUUUUCUCCCUCUCCUCUUCAGAUUGAAUACUUUCUGUUGAUUCAGCUUCAAGUUCACUGAUUCUUUCUUCUUCUUUCAACUGAAUUUUUCAUUUCAUAUAUUAUAUUCUUCAGCUCCAAGUUUCUAUCUGGUUCUUUCAUAUACCUUGUAUCUCUUUACUGAGAUUCUUCAUACAUUGCAUCAUUUUCAUCAUAGCUCUCAUUAAUUUUUUAAACAUGAAUUCCAUUAGUUCUUUGAACAUGUUCAUAAUAGCUGCUUUUAAGUCUUUGCUCAUUCUAACAUCUGGAGAUACUCAGUUCCUAUUGAAUGCUUUUCUUCCUCAGUAAGGGUACACUUUCUUCUUUCUUUGCUUUGUAAUCUUGUUGAAUUUCAGAUAAUGUAGCAAUUACUAAUUCUGAAUUUUUCCCCAGAGGGUUGUUCUUGUUUUAUUUAGUAACUUGCCACCAGUAAAUUUGUGAAAUCUGUCUCCACAGCAGUGUGCCGUCACCAAUGUCUCUACUCAUUUUUUAAAAUAAUAAAUCUUGCUUCCUAAGCAUUGCUGCUGGAUUGCAUAGCUUAGGUUAUAGCCAAAGAUUGGACAGAGGUUGUGUUCAAACCCCAUCAGUCAGGCCUCCACUCUGCCAGUGGAUCUGUGUGGGCUGGCAAGUACAUUCAGUGUUCAGGUCAUUUUCAAGUCUGUUCUGGUCUGUGCUUUCUGUUGGGCUUUUUUGCUUCUCCCUUGUGCAUAUGUGCAGGCUUUGGCAACCAUGGGUAUGUGGGUGGCCUGAACCAGCUUCAGUUUCCGCUUUGCAUGCCUGUACAUCUGGAGUAUAUAGAGUGCUUAUCAAACCCAGAUGGCUGUCUUACCUCCUAGAACUUCCGGUGAAAUCCCUAGCUACUCUGUUGUUUGCCCCAAACAGGACUACAACCUCACUGAGCCUUGUUUGCUUACCACUGAGCUCCCAGGUUAACUUACAAUGCAUCAUAUCAAAUGAGUCCCCUCUGGCAGUGACAACAAGCCUUGUUCCCUGGGUCUGCUGUUGCCCUGGUUGAACUACUGCACCCGUAGACCUGGCCCAGGAUGUGGCAGCACAGUAAUCCCACAGGCUCACAGGUUAUUUCCCUAACUGGGUUUCAUGAAUAAGCACUUCUUAGUGUGUUGCAGAUCUUCAGUUAAUUUCCAGAGUGCUGAAAUGGCUGUUUUAUUAAACAGUUUAUCCAAAUUUAUAGCUGCUUUUUAAAAAAUGGAGAGGGAAGAGAUAUGGGAACAUAUGUAUAUGUAUAACUGAUUCACUUUGUUAUAAAGCAUAAACACACCAUAGUAAAGCAAUUAUACCCCAAUAAAGAUGUUAAAAAAAAAAAUGGAGAUGAUUUGUCAACCUCCUCCCCUCAUCAUGCCAAAAGUAUAUUUCCCCAGCUUAUUCUGAGUCAUAUUUCAACCAAAUCAGUUUAAUAAGAAUGGACUUUGAGAGGGCUUGUAAACUUUUUAAAGCUGUCCAUUGAAAGCUACCACAAUGCCAGAGUUUUACAAGUAACCUAUACCUAUUAAAUAGAUUACUUGUGGAAAUUGAUAAAUGUUUUAUUUUUAGAUAUUCUUCGUUCAUAUUCAUUUUAAAGUAAAUACUGAGUUACUACAAUCUGGCUAGUUAUAAGCAUUUUUCUUAAUGUAAGUAUGUAAUAUUUUAAUAAAAUAUGUUGGAAUGUAGACUUGAUCUUUGAAUUGAAAAAAUAACACCUAGUCGUGGACGUAAAAUUUGGAGAGUUGAUACAUUUGAACUGAGGAUUUUAUUUCUAUGCAGAUUCUCCCCUGCCCCCAUUCUGUCACAUGAAUCCCUAUCCUUUUGGGCAAGAAUGUGAUUCCCCGACACACACCCCUCCCCACCUUUUAAAACAGAAACUUAAUUUAGUUAUGUAUCAAUGCUUCAUAUGGGAAUAUAAUGGAUAGCUAAUCUGUUAUGAAUUUGAGAAUGUAUUUCAUGAAAAAAGAAAUUACAGAGCUGCCAAAGAGAGAGGGUGAGAGGGAGAGAGGUUGUAAAACCUAGUUUGGGGAACUUGAUAUGAAUCUAAUCUCCUGCAGUUCUGGGAGCAGGUAUGUAACUCAUACCCAGGGAACCUGGAAUCUGAAGGAACUGGUAGGUUACUUUGGCUCAGGACAGGAGAAGAACUGCUAUGUGUUGAGACUGUUCUGCACUCUCAGCAUUUGCUUUGACAAAGACUGUUUGAGUGCUUAUCGAGGACCAGAUGUUAGUCAAGCGUGAAGGAGAGAAAGUGAGCCAUGGUGGUGGAUCCACGUUGGAUACCACACAAAAGGGCCACUUAGAGGUGUGAACAGGCCUCAGAACAGGACAGUCCAAAGUGGGGCUCUGGAUUCCUUAAGAACUAAGAAGAAAGAAUAAAUUACAUUCACUUAGGUCAAGGGGAGUUACAGGUGAGAACAGCUGUGGGCACAGAAAUGCCCCUGAGAGAAAGAGUCAGCUCUAAAACAAUUGCCAGAUCCAGACUGCUCAAAACCAUCUCACAUAAGAACUCUACCGCCUCCUGCAGUUUUGAACCUGGCAGCAUGGGAAACCCUAAUUAGCCAGCUGAAGGAAGGGGACCAUGCCUGCUUUCCACCCCUACUGCAGGUGGUCUGCCUGUAGCAUGGCCUAGCUGAUUAACUCUGACUUGGCAUUUUUAUAGUUCCGUAUAGUUAUGCAGGGCUGGACAUUGUUUUUCAGUGCUUUGUGAGCAGUUAUGCGGGGCUGGACAUUGUUUUUCAGUGCUUUGUGAGUUAAAGCAACUCUGGACUUAUUACUUGAGAGUAAGGGUUUUCAACCUGGGUUGGGAGAAGAACCUCUGAAUAUUUAAAAGGGUAGUGGGAGAUGAAGUUGCCUUCUAAUUAUAUCCCAUGAGUCAAAAAUAAUGGUUACAUAUAUUAACAGAUUUUUGUUUGAACAUUUUUCUGGGUGAUAUAAUUCUAUUCAUAAGAUUUUUCAAAAUUGAAAUAUUUGUGUAAUUUCCAUCAUAAUCAUGUAUGGGGUAUGUGUGUGAGUAACUAUUUUAACAAAGCUUCUAAUGUCUUAGUAUUUUUUAAAAUUUUUAUUGACGUAUAGUUAAUUUACAGUGUUGUAUUUCAAGUGUAUAGCAAAGUGAUUCAGUUAUACAUAUAUAUAUCUAUAUAUAUUCUUUUCCAGAUUCCUUUCCAUUAUAGGUUAUUACAAGAUAUUGAGUAUAGUUCCCUGUGCUAUACAGUAGGUCCUUGUUUAUCUGUUUUAUAUAUAGUAGUAUGUAUAUGUUAAUCCCAAACUCCUAAUUUAUCUCCCACCACCAUCCCCCUGCUAUCCCCUUUGGUAACCAUAAAUUUGUUUUCUAUGUUUGUGAGUCUAUUUCUGCUUCGUAAAUAAAAUAAGUUUAUUUGUAUCAUUUUUUUUUAGAUUCCACAUAUAAGUGAUAUCAUGAUGUCUUUCUCUGACUUGACUUCACUUAAUAAUCUCUAGGUCCAUCCAUGUUGCUGCAAAUGGCAUUAUUUCAUUCUUUUUUAUGGCUGAGUAAUAUUCCAUUGUAUAUGUAUACUACAUCUUCUUUAUCCAUUCACCUGUCAGUGGACAUUUAUCAAAAAGACACAUGCAUCCCGGUGUUCAUAGCAGCACUAUUUGCAAUAUCCGAAACAUCAUGGAAGCAACAUAAAUGUCUUGGUAUUUUUUAUAUCAUUUUAUUUUUUCCUCCCCCUUAUAUGAUAUUUUAUUGUACUAUAUUAUGGUUCAGUAUUCUUUCCCCUUAAAAUUCCUAUGCAAUUUAGUCAUGUUAUAUUUCCAUAAUCAUUAUCAGUUUAAUAUUUUUAAUAUUGAAAUAGCUAAUCUAGGGAUUUAGUAGAAUGAUCUAUUUAUUGUUUAAAUGGGGACAAGAGAAACUGCUUUUAGUUGAUUACAGCUCUUAUUUCCCCCUUUAUUGAUAACAUUUUUAUGCUUAUGUUAAAAUUUAGGAAUUAUUUUGUGGGAUCUUAUUGUUUGCUCUCCAUUUUAUGUUGGUAAACUCUAAGGUUAUAUAUAUAUCCUUGGUCCUUUUAGCUUCUCUCUAUAUUUUUGUAUCAUCUGUAUGCUGAUGACUUCUUAGUCUUUCUCUACAGCCCUUUUCCAUUUAGGCUACAUGUCCAACUGUUUUUCUCCAUAGCAUUUGAUUUGUAUGUUCAUAAGAAGCUGUUCUUGGGGACUUCCCUGGUGGUCCAGUGGUUAGGACUCUGCACUCCCAAUGCACAGGGCACAGGUUCAAACCCUGGUCUGGGAAUUAAGAUCCUGCAUGCCACAUGGCGCGGCCAAAAGAAAAAGAAGAAGAAGAAAGAAAAAGCUGUUCUCUAAUUUAUUGUUUCUGUGUCUGCCUUUUCCCACCUGGUGUUGAGUUCUAGGAAGAAAUCUUGAACACUUGUAUCUCUAAGACUAAAUGGAGUGCUUUAUAGGUAGACAGCUAAUAAAUUUUCAGUGAGUGAAAGAAUAAUAGGCAUUCAGUAGAUUGAUCCUAAUUCCCCCAUCAGGCAGAGCACUAGAACAGAUGGGUCAGAUUCUCCAUAGACGUUAAAUAAUGCCAUAGAGGAUGUGAGUAGUAAGUGGUUUUUUCAUCUUUGAAAAUAUCGCAGUGAAUAUAACAAUAAAGAAGAUGGAAUGUCUUCCUGAGGAAAAUCUGCCUUCUUUUUUGGAAGAUAAAAUGUGCAAGGUAGGACUGAAUGCCAGGCUAACAGUAUCUUUUACACAGAAGGAUCUGUUAACUGGAUAAAAAGAUAACUUUAAGAUCUGCAGCAUGUGAAAUUCCUUAAGUAUUCUGGAUUGAUUUCAUACAAGAUGUGUUUUAUCUUUGAUCAACCAGUUGCCUCCAUUCACAGUCCUGAGGCAUGUUAAAGACCAGUUGUUGGUAAACUUGAGAUGUUAGGAAUGUCUGUAUAACUCUCCUGGAAGUUCUGAACUAGGUGAUGAAAGAGACAGAGGUGCAAGAAGACGGAGAAAGAAGAGACAAAAUAUGGAGGAUUGGAGAAGAUGGUUGCUAAAGGAUUUCCAGGAAGAACAAAAGAGAGACUGUGUUUAUAUUAUUCGGAAAUAAGCAUCGUUAUCUAAAAAGAAACCCAAAUCAACUAUAACCAAAAUAUCAAAUGACUGAAUGAUUAUAAGAAAUUUGUGAAUCAAACUGUGCAAAGCCUGGGGCUUCCCUGAUAGCGCAGUGGUUGAGAAUCUGCUGCCAGUGCAGGGGACACGGGUUCGAUCCCUGGUCCUGGAAGAUCCCAAAUGCCUCGGAGCAACUAAGCCCGUGUGCCACAACUGCUGAGCCUGCACUCUAGAGCCUGUGAGCCACAACUGCUGAGCCCAUGUGCCACAAGUACUGAAGCCCACACUCCUAGAGCCCGUGCUCUGCAACAAGAGAAGCCACCGCAGUGAGAAGCCCAUGCACCGCAACGAAGAGUAGCCCCUGCUCGCCACAACUAGAGAAAUCCCACAUGCAGCAAGGAAGACCCAACGCAGCCUAAAUUAAUUAAUUAAUUUAAAAAAACUAUGCAAAGCCUGAUGCACAAUGUUUCCUGGUGGAGGGAGCAUAGCUACCACCAAGUAGAAGCAUCUUGUCAGCAUUAACUCUGCUAGGCCAAAAGGUUCAUAAUUUUUUAUUUUUAAUUUUGCUGAAAGAUAAUGUUUUAUACUGUUACAGCACAAAGAAAACUGACUUCAAAAUUUAUCAAAACUUAAUGUGAUUUUUUUUCUUCCUGUUUGGGAAGUUGAUAGGAGGGCAAGUGCAUACUUGUACCCUGGUUCCGCUUUCUGUAUGCUGCUUCAUCCUUGUUAGAUUUUAAGAUUCUUAAGUUCAUGCUUCUUAGUGUCAUAAGAUCUCCUCAAAUCCUCUCAUAUAAAAUUUGAAGAAAGAGUUGUUAAAGGAGUACAUAUAUGGUAAAAAGAAUGUCUCUCUUGGUUGGGUUUUAUAAAAAAUACACCUUUUCUUUUUUUUUUUAAAUACACCUUUUCUAAAAGUGAACUGUUACUAUGCUUCUCGGUACCCCGAAUCACAAAUUUCAUUUAUCCACCAAAGCUGCUGUUGGUCACUGUUAGAACUGAUUAUAUGGUUAGCAUUAUAUUUUGUAAAUUACUUGUGAUGCCAAGGUGAUGUUUAGGAUUUGUGCUUAACUCUGGGGGAAAUAUUUCUUUAAAUGGAUAAUGCUGAUUUUUUUUAAGAGGGUUAACAUAAAUCAUAACAGUGGGAAAAUAAAUUUUUACCAGAACUUUUAAACUAUCUCCUAUUUCCUAUGCACCUAAUACCAUCAGCAUGAAGUCAUCCACAUAAUGGGUAAAUUUGAUGUCCUGUAAGGUAGUGAGAAUAUCAAGAUCUCGGUGGAUUAAAUUACCACAGAAUUAUCAGCAUUUGAUGAACAAAUGUCUUGAGGCAAGAUGAUGAAGGUUGAACCCCUAUCCAUAUCAAGUAAGAGUAGAAAGCUUCUGGUACCCUUAGUUAAUUUGUGAACUGAUUGUAUCCUUUGAUCAUUAAAAAAAAAAAAUUUAGGGGACUUCCCGUGCAGUGCAAUGGUUAAGACUUCGCCUUCCAAUGCAGCGGGUGUGGGUUUGAUCCCUGGUUGGGGAGCUAAGAUCCUUCAUGCCUCACAGCCAAAAUAACCAAAACAUAAAACAAGCAGUAUUGUAACAAAUUCAGUGAAGACUUUAAAAAUGGUCCACAUCAAAAAAGCUUUUUAAAAAAUUUAGUUCCUUGAUUGUAAACAAAGAAAGAAUGUUUUAUUAAUUAUGCAUGUUAAUGCCUUAUCUGUAUUUGCAUUUAUACUGAUUGUGUGUGUGUGUGUGUGUGUGUGUGUGUGUGUGUGUGUGUGUGGCUGCACCGGCCCUGGCAGCAAAAGCGCCAAGUCCUAACCACUGGACCGCCAGGGAAUGCCCUAAACUAAAUUUUUUGGUCACAAAUUUUAUGUGGCCAAAUGUACUGAUAUUUUCUUUUGACACUUCCAUUGUUUUUGUUCGGAAAAUCUUCAAAAACUUAUAAAUAAUACCACUCAUCCAUAUUUUCUUCUAAAAUAUUUAAUGGUUUCAUUAAAAAGACUAAACAUUUUUACUAACCUGGAGUUUCUUUUGGUGUAUAUGUUGAGAUAUGUAGUUAACUGCUUAUCACUAAUUGAUUUUGCCCAAACCAUUUAUUAAUAAUCUAUAUCAUUCUCAUUGAUUUGUAUAGUUUCUCUUACGUUAAUAAGUUCUCACCUCCUACUGUUUUCCAGUAAUAUGCUUACUCUUCUGUAGGCUAGUAUUUAAUAAUUAUAUUUUUAUAUUUACUAAUUAUAUAUUUUAUAAUCUAACAGAAAAAAUUUAUCUUUCUUUAAACAUAUUUAAAGCUAUUUUAUUUUAACUAGAAACAAAUCACUAUAUGUCUGUGCAAAAGCAACAUAUGUUUAUUGCUGAAAAGUUAGAAAAUAUAAAUAAGAAAAUAAAUAUGAAAGAAGGAAGACCUUAGUAGUGAGAGUGGAUGUAGCUAUGCCUCAUUCUCCUAACACUGGGUCCCCCACGUGCAGGGUUCUGAGGGGUGAUGUUAAGCUUUAUGCCCUACCUCCUUCCCCUCUUAGAACCCACUUGGGUCCCAGGUUGGUGACUGAGGCACCUAAUUUGUUUCCAGUGAAAAAAGUUUGGCCACAAAGGGGAUGGCCAUAACACCUUUCUUGGUACCAACUCCUUAUAAAACUAAGAGGUCCUAUGUUUGCCACAGACUCAAGCGAAAAACGGCUUAAGACUUUAUGAAGUAGAGAUGCCGACCAGUUUUUCUUGUAGAUGGAAGUGCAUUGCUGGCUGACUGUAGUCAUGAGAAAAUAAGCUCAGUACCAAUAAGAGAAUGAUAAUAAGAAUAAGAGAAAAUAAGCUCAGUGCCUUCUCAUAGGAAGCAAAGACCCUCGGAAGGGCUGAAGUAGGCACGUUGCCAACUGAUGCUCUAUAUCCUUACAAACACCCCAGUCUGACUACGGAAUCUCAGGAGUCACAGAUGGUGUCUACUCUGGCUAGGUAGCGAAGGUAGGAAGAGGGUGAAAAUCUUUUCCAGCUAUAAACUGCCAUGAUAAGCAGAAAUUAUUCUAAGGGGGCCACAGAGAUGAGGGGUAUGUUGAGUAUGAAAAUGCUCAGAUCAGGUCUCCAGUGCUAGGGACAGGGUAACCAACCAUGCCAGUUUUCCCAGGACUGUCUUGGUUUUAUCACUGAUAGUCCUGUGUCCCAAGAAUGCCCCAGUCCUGGGCAAAGUGGGGAACCUACUUGGGACACAUAGUAGACUGACAGCCCCAGCAGCUGUCCUUCUGGAUCCAUGUCUGUGUCUGUCCUAUGCCCAUGCUUCCCACGACUGCUCCCAGCCAUUAUACCCACAAUAGGGGUAAAAUACAGGCCCAUUCCUGGAAGAUGUGGGAUUUAUUUUUCAUAUGACUUUGGCUCCAGGAUUCCCCUUUGGCCUGGCCAGAAAUGUUGUUAUAACUGUGCUGCAGUUUUAGACUCUCUCUACCCAAUCCUCUUUGUUUCCCUCUACCUCCACUUCUUCCAUUCUUCCUAGCUCCCUCUCUCCAUAAUUUUCUAUGGCCACUUAACAUAUUACCACAAAUUUUGUGGCUUAAAACCACACAUAUUUAUAGUUCUGGAGGUCAGAGGUCUGAAAUGAUUCUCACUGAGCUAAAAUCAAGGCUGCAUUCCUUUCUGGAGGGUCUAGAGGACAAUUAGUUUUCUUGUCUUUUCUGACUUGUAGAGGCCACCUGUAUUCCUUGGCUUGUGGCCCCUUCCAUCUUCAAAGCCAGCAAUGACCUGUCGAGUCUUUCUCACAUCAUUCUGACACUUCUGCCUCCUCCUUCCACGUAUGAAGGACCCUUGUAAUUUCACUGGACCCACCUGAAUUUGUUCAGGCAUCCAUAACAUGGAUCAUGGAUUUUUUCAUCAUAAAACAGGUAUUACUCUGACAUUAUUAAUUCCAUUAGCAUAUCUAUUAAAUAAAUAUGCAGGAAACCACCAGGGCAUUAUUUGAGUCUUAGAUAAGCAUGGGAGCUCUAAGCAACAACUUUACUUUAAAAAAAAAUUUUUUAUUUAUUUAUUUGGCUGUGCCAGGUCUUAGCUGGCAGCACUUGGGCUCUUUUAGUUGCAGCAUGUGGCAUCUAGUUCCCUGACCAGGGAUCGAACCUGGGCCCCUGGCACUGGGAGUGUGAAAUCUUAACCCCUGGACCACCAGGGAAGUCCCUAAGCAACAACUUUCUAGAGGGCAUCUGUUUGCAAAGAAAUCUGGGAAUCUUAGUUUUCAAGUGCUUGGGGAUCCAGGUAGCAUUUGACAAAGGACAUACAGAAGUUCAGAGUUGGCCUAGCAUAUACUCCUUGAGUAUCUCUGGUCUAUACAGAAACACUAGAAUCAACCAAAUCUUGACAACCUACCUGGAGUCCUGGUGUGUGGUUCUUAUCUCCCUACAGCCUGGUAAUGUCUUUGACCCUCAUUCCAGGCUGCAUCAGCAAGUGUCAGAGUCUUCCUCAGAUGUCACCAUAGGGAGCCUUUACUGGUCUCAUAGGUCACCCUGGGGAGUACUGCAGAGACAAAUAGAGGACAAAAGAUAAUUUUCUGGUUGGGCUAUUAUAGGAAGAAAAUUGUGGGUGGUCAGAGUUGAAACCAGUCACACACACCAAAACCAUUUGGUCCAGCUAAGCUGGAUAGACCUAAGAAAUGUUUUUUGUUUUUGUUCAUUGCUCUUUCACCGGUGAAGACACUGUCUGGAACCAGCUAUCACUUCAACAGGGACCCUGCCUCCUUCCAGAGUUUUUCGGUGCAAUUGCUUGCUUGCUUGCUUUUUUUUUUUGGCUGUGCUGCAUUCCCCAACCAGGGAUGGAACUCGUCGUGCUUGCUGCAGUGGAAGCGAGGAGUCCUAACCUCUGGACCUCCAGGGAGUUCCCCCAGCAGCAAUUUCUGCUGAAGGUCUGGACACCUGACUUCUGAGUCACUAAUUCCAAACAAUUUGUUGUCAAAUCAUUCAACCUACAAAGCACAAAAUGGCAUUAAAUUGCCUCUGAAGAAUAAGUACCUAAAUUAAUACCUGUGCAUUUGUCUUGCUGUAAAAUAUGGCUGCCAAACUUUCAAAUUUUGCUGGUGCAUCUUGUGCAAUGGUGGUAUCUGUUACUUUUUAAUUUGGUUAAUAAAAAUUCUUAAAAUCA